AUGACAGAAUGAGCUCAGUUUGGUUGAGAGGUUUAAGUAAUAGUGUAGAAUCAAUAGUGUAGGAGUCUAAGGAGAGUCAGUUCACGGUUCACCAACCAUCAAUUUUGGAAAUGAUUUCAAGCAUUUUAUUGGUAUUAGUUUUAUGUGGGUUCAUACAGUCUGGGACAGCAGUGAUAUGUGGAACAGUAAAUGGUACUGGACAAAUCAUUGAAAUUGUCUGUCCUCAACUUGAGCAGCCUCGUGAAUAUGUCUGUUGUGGCUAUGGACCAGAUGCUUACCACUGCUGCUUUGACCCAGAGGUUGUUGUGCAUGAUCUGGCCAUGCUGCUGUGGGUGCUGGCCGGCAUAGUGCUGGCUGUGCUGCUGGUCUGCAUCUGCGUUUUGUGCUGCUGCUUCUGCCCCUUCUGCCUCAUUGCUAAACGACGUAACCGAGCACGCCUUACUAGAGGUGCUGCUGAGGUAGCCAUAGUCAUGCCUACUCAAAAUGAUGUCCAGCUGCGGCAGCAGCCCUACCCUCAGCAACCCUCCCCUCAGCAGGACUUCCCUUAACAACCAUCCCCUCAGCAUCCAUGCCCUCAGCAGCCAUGCGCUCAGCAGCUCUACCCUCAGCAGGCCUACCCUCAGCAACUGUCCCCUCAGCAACCCUCCCCUCAGCAGCACUUCCCUUAACAACCAUGCGCUCAGCAGCACUACCCUCUACUGCUCUACCCUCAGCAGCCGUGCCCUCACCAGCCAUGAACAUACAACCUGUCCACCCCGAACUCCCAUGAAUUUUUUUUUUUUCCGGACCAAAAAUACCCUCAAAAACCCUCUCCUCUGAAAUUUAUUAUGCCCUUAACUUUUUUGGUCAUUUCUUUUUCAGCUUUCAGGCAACUUUGUGUCGCUCCAUGUUUUCUUCACUCUCCUUCUUGCUACCAUCAUCACCACAACCUUAAUUACUACCUCCACUACCAUUUGAAACCAUGCUCCCAUACACUGAAGAUAAUUCUUUGCAAAUCUAGUGUUUAAAAUAAUAUAUAUGAUAGAACCGUUCCUUCAUUGGAUAUGAAGUCCAUGCCAAUUUCUAUUAUAUAUGCACUAUUAUGUCACACUACAUAGUACGCAGUGGUGGGCACAGCUAACCUAAAAGUUAGCUUCC